GAAGGUGUUGCACCAGUGAAAAAAACGUGGAUGUGCGUAUGUCCUUGAUGCAUCAUCACCCACAAAUGGCUCACAUACAUAAGCGUACCCUCAUCAGGCCACAGAGUGCAGGCUCUAUCAGUGUAACAAGUAAUCCUGGGACAAGUGCAGAGGGAAGUUUGUUUCCAAGUCAGCAUGGGAUCAGAAGUUAAGACAGAGAUCUUCACAGUGGCUGAGAUGGGAGAGCAGGCAGCGGAGAAAGGCACCAGCAACACACACAAGAGAAGAUGCAUCUAUGAGCAGCAUGUGCAGCCCUGCCUGGCCGAGCUGUUCGGGACCAGCCUGUUUGUGUUCGUGGGGUGUGCGUCUGUUAUAGGGAACGUGGGAACAGGUGGUGUCCUCCAGCCUGCUGUGGCACAUGGACUGGCGCUGGGAGUGCUCAUCACGGUGUUUGGGCAGAUUAGUGGGGGACACUUUAACCCUGCGGUGUCUCUGAGCGUCUACCUGUGUGGAGGGAUGAAGCUGCUUCUGCUGGUUCCUUACAUCGUGGCUCAGAUGUUGGGAGGGAUGAUUGGAGCUGGUUUGGCCAAGGCAAUGUGCCCCACUAACUCGUAUGAUGGUGCCCUCGGAGGAGCCUUUACUCCCAGCAUCAGUGAUCUGGGUAAAACCACGCUGGCGGAGGUGGUGAUGACCCUGUUCCUCACCACAGUGGUGUGCAUGGGGGCCAUCAACAGACAAACCCGCUCACCUUUGGCUCCUUUCUGUAUCGGCCUCACCGUGACAGCCAACAUAUUUGCUGGAGGGAUGGUGUCCGGAGCCUGUAUGAACCCAGCCCGAGCCUUCGGUCCUGCAGUCGUUGCCAGUCAUUGGGAACAUCACUGGAUCUACUGGGUUGGACCGACCUGUGGAGCACUGCUCACUGUCAGCUUCAUCAGGUUGUUGUUUGGUGACCAGAAGACUCGUGUUGUGCUACAGUGAAUGUCUAAAAGAGAGAGAGAGUGAGAGGACAUCCCAACUGACUUGAAGGCAGCUUUUCUUGGUUGGAUAUCCAUACAUUUCUCUAACCAUUAGACUGUAAUAUUUAAAUUUGUCUGCAAAAUGUGUGCAAAUAUAUUUGUCCUUGAAUCGGCCAUAAAUGUUGGCACCAACUCAGUGACAUGUUUGUAUUUUAAGAUUCAAUUAAGUGUUUUAUGAUGUGAUAGGGAUUUGAUUAGCACUCUUAACUUGGAUUCUUCAUAUAUGAUGGCGGCUGGCAAAAGGUUCAGAGACAUUUGAUCAUAAAUUCUCGACAUACAAUUUCAUACAAAUGAUCACACUUUAUGUUAUCUAUUUACAGUCUUUUUGUGCUCAUUGUUUGGAUCAAAGUCCUGAAUGGAAAACCAUGCUUUGAUAGCUUUAUUACUUAAAAGAUGAUGCAAGGACAGGCCACUGCAAUGUACAAUAAAGCUAGAUUAGAAUCAUAAAAUGGUGCCCUUCGAUCAACUCAAAUAUUGUAAGAAGUUACACUCAAAAAUAGAGGAAUUCCAAAAUUACACACAGAGAGUGCAUCCAGAAAAAUGGAUGGUGCUGGUUGCAAUGAUGAUGAAGAUGCCAACCUAACCACAAGGCAAACAAUUACACACAGAAACUACCUAUGACAUUUUUAGCUGCAUUAAACAUGAUGAUAAUGUACAUGCAGAGAUGGAUAAAAACAUAAAUGUACAUGAAUAACUAAAUAAAAAUUCUGCAAUAAGAAUAAAACACACAUUUAAAUUAAUGAAUGAAUUAGGGGAAGAACCAACAUGAAAUAAGGUGUUGGGUUUGGAUGAACACCGUUCUCACAAAGGACAUUCUCUCAUUUGGUGUCUGCUGGAAAAAAGUCACCAGAUCCUUUAAAUAAAACCACAAUAUUAAAGUGUAUAAAUAUCAAAAACUAAAAAACUCAUCAUUCAGAAAAAUGUUUCUUUAGGUGGAGUUGUAUGAUACAUACUGUACUGAUGCAUUAAUGUGUCAAUGGGCUUGUAUUUGGUUGAGAAUUUCAGCUGCUUUAUAUACAGUUUAAUUAAUUAAGCUGUUUAUGUGUAGAAUUAUCCCACUGAAACAGGCAAAAUAAUCAGUCUGUGCAAAAAAUAUUUCAAAGUGUUUCAAACUGUUUUUUAACUUAAAUCAAUUUGUUAAACAGUUGUUGAAAGAAGCAUCUGUAGCUUGUAACAACAACAAUAUCAACCUGCACCAUUACAAGCUCCAUUCAAAAGGUUUCUCAGGCAGGUAGUGCCUGAGAAUGCAGGAAAGCAGUGCACAACAAAAGUUUGUAUUCAUUUUCUAAACUUUUCUCUAACCUCUGUAUAAUACUGGAAAAUGCACUUGGAAAAUCUUCUUAGUUAUUUGACAAUCUCAGUCUGAUGUGAUCUAACUUCCAUCGGUGCAGCAUGAACAUAACACACUCAGGUGUGUAGAGUGUUUGAAGGCACUGACCUAUAAUAGUGUAAAGUCUUUGGUCAAAGUCUGUCUUAUCUAUAUAGGCUACUGUCUGUUGCUCUAGGUAUACCUGUGCAUCCAAAUAAAACAAUCAUGGUGAUGGAUAAAUGGUACAUCUUAACCCCA